CCUCUCUCCUCUCUCCAUAAAAGCCCUACAACAACUUCUUCAGAGACAAGAGCAGAACAAGAAGAAGAAGCAGAAGGAACCAUGGGAAGAUCUCCCUGCUGCGAGAAAGAACACAUGAACAAAGGUGCUUGGACUAAAGAAGAAGACGAGAGACUCGUCUCUUACAUCAAAUCCCACGGCGAAGGCUGCUGGCGAUCUCUCCCUAGAGCCGCCGGUCUCCUCCGUUGCGGCAAGAGCUGCCGUCUCCGGUGGAUCAACUAUCUGCGGCCUGAUCUCAAAAGAGGAAACUUCACCCGCGACGAAGAUGAAGUUAUCAUCAAUCUUCAUAGCCUCAUUGGCAACAAGUGGUCUUUAAUUGCGGCAAGAUUACCUGGAAGAACAGAUAACGAGAUAAAGAAUUACUGGAACACGCAUAUAAAGAGGAAACUUUUGAGUAAAGGGAUUGAUCCCAACACUCACAGAUCGAUCAACGCAGGGAAAGUUUCUGAUUCGAAGAAAACAGAGGACCAAGUUGUAAAAGAUGUUUCUUUUGGGUAUCUGUUUGAUAAAACAGAAAAGUCCGAGGAGCAGAAGCAAAAUAAAAAACAAAAGCAGAAUCUAAUCAAUGGGUUAGUUUGCAAAGAAGAGAGGGUUGAGCAUCACCCAGCUGUUGUUGUUCAAGAAAUUUUUUGCCCAAAUUUGAAUCUCGAGCUUAGGAUCAGUCCACCAUGGCACAACAAGAAUCAUGAUGAUAAUACAAGAGAGAAAUCUACUACCUACACUACAUCCCGUCUUUACGUGCAAAACGGCAUGGAGUCUAGUAGUGAUACUGCAAAAUGUCAAACAGAGGAUAGCAGUAGCAUUAGCCAUUCUUCACUCGACAUUAGUAGUAUUAGCAGCGUUGGUUAUGACUUCUUGGGUUUGAAUACGAGGUUUAUGGAUUUUCGGAGCUUGGAAAUGAACUAAACAAAAAACAAAAAAUAAAUUUGUAGAUCUGAUACUGUUACUCUUAAUCUCGCUUUUACUUUAUUUUAAUGGUUUUCCUAAUUUUGUACAUAAACUUAAAAAUAUUAUGAUCAAAUGUAUCGCUGUCUCAUUUGAUAAUGCAGACAUAUUAAUCAAG